AUGGGCUCGUCCAUUCUGCUGCUUUCAACCCAGACGGGUGAACCUGUAGCCCGCUUUGACGAUGCCCAUCCCAGCGGGGUCACAUGCCUUUCUUUUGGCCCUGAUCAGCUAUUGUUUAGCGGAGGAAAGGACGGUUGUCUAAAAGGGUGGGAUUAUUUGAAAGAAGAAGCUUGUUUGUUCGUCAGAACCUUCCCUGAGGCGGAAAUCCUGGCCUUAUGCGUCGCGCCCACAGACCCGUCCAACACCCUCUACAUGGCUCUGGGGCAAAGGAAACCGCACCAUCGUGAGCCACUACCCGGCGAUCAGACAUCAUUGUCAAGAGGAGACCAAUCCUGCGCACCAACCACUCCUGCAGCCUUCAUGGAAAAGGUCUCGUACAAAAUCAUAGGGUAUCAGGUAAAGGAGAAGCAGCGCAGCAAAAUUCAGACCCUUAAAGCCGCCCCUUUCUUCCUACGAACGACAAGCACGGGUGACUUCCUCGUCACGGCCUGUUCGACGAGUCUGAACGUCUGGCACGUGCCCUCCAAAGAAGUCUAUUCUCAAGUGCUCUUCGACGACCACUCUCCCCGGGAAGGUUCCCUCCAGGCUGUCGCACUGCACCCCUCGCGCCCCGAGAUCGCCACCGGAGACGUGGAGGGGCGUGUCUUUCUCUGGCACACCCUUUUCAAUCCCCUGGGCACCCGGCUUAAGCAGGCCAAGGCCCGUGCCUUGCAACGGGGUGGCCCGGGACUCUCGCACCGGAGAAAUGCCUUGUUUCGGAGCGAGGUGAAACGCUGGCACGCCCACGGUGUCCGUUGCCUCGCCUACACGCCGGACGGGCACUACCUCCUCUCGGGAGGGGAGGAGGCCGUCCUCGUCGUCUGCCAAGUCUCCAAGGGCGGACACCCCAUGACCUUCCUCCCGCGUUUGGGUGCCUGCCUGGGCGGGUUGACUCUCAGUCAAGACGGUUCCCUGUGCGCCCUCACCACACUCAGCAACGCCCUUCGAGUGCUGCACCCCAUGGACCUGAAAACCCGGUGGGAAUGGCGCGGGAUGGCGCACCUCUCGGCGACCCUGGGAAGCACCGGAGGGUGGGGGGGAAGAAGAAAAGCGAAGGGGAAUGCUUACCAAAACAUGUCCAAAGCCGCGCGUUUGUGGGCUUUUGGAGGAAGGGGUAGACUCGUUAGCAAUUGUCAGCCUGGAAAACUGCAAUUUUUCGACGUGGAGUGCGGGGAGGUGGCGGGAGAGGUUGAGGUGGUUUCCAGCAACGUCGUGUCGAGAGGGAGCGAGGCGCAAGAGGAGGGAGGAAAGCUGGUUCCCCCGUGGGUGACCCAGGCUGCUCUCUCUUGCGACGGAGGGCGAAUGGUGACGGUGGAAAUGCGGGUGGGGGAGAUGGGCAUCAAACGAGAGAGCCUCAAAUUCUGGGAGCGGGCGGGGCAAGGAGGGAGGGGCUCUCCCUACGUCCUGCGAGCGGUCGUGGACGAGCCGCACGGUGGUGGGGAAUCGGGGCAGGUGCUAUCCCUGGCCUACCACCCUCGUUUGGAUGUGGCGGCCACCUGCGCGGCCUCGGGAGACUUCGCGCUCUGGGCGCGGGUCUUAGAAGCCGGGGAGGAAGGGAAGGAGGGACGGGGGCAAGUAGAGGCCGGGUCUGGGGCUCGUUACCGAUGGAUUUGUCAGGCGCACGUGGCGUUCGAGCGCGGAGCUUCCCGAAGCCUGGCUUUUUCCUCGGAUGGAACGCUCCUGGCGGUGGCCUGCGGGGCCAAGGUGGCCUUGUGGGACCCCGAGGGGCUCCGGCUUCUGGGCAUCCUCACCCUGGACCCCGCCCUCCUUCCCGCCCUGCCCAAGGGCCAGGAGCCGUCAGAGAUCAAGGCCCUGGCGUUCCUUCCAGACGCUCCCCGCCUCGUCGUCGCCACAGCCAGAAGUCUGGUCGUCUGGGACCUGCUUCGUCUCCACAUUGUCCAGUAUUACGCGGCGGGGAGGGUCUUGCACCUGUGUGCCCCAGGCCCUGAGACGCCGAGGCUGCUGGCGGGGAACGGGGUCGGGGGGAAAGAGACUCUGGUUCAUUUUGCGGCCGUGCUGGAAGGGAGGGACGACCCCAAAUUCUCCACCUCUCCUUCCGUCCCGCCACCCCCACCGUCCCAGUCCCUUGUCGUGUUCAAUGCUUACGAAGCCGCCCCCGUCUGCACCCAUCCCCUUCCCCGGUACGCCGGCCCCGUGCUGGCCCUGGCAUUUGUGGACCGGCAAGGCGAGGACACCCUAGGGCUCUGCUACAUGACCCGGGAUGGGGUCACCCUCCUCAGCCCCCCCCUCCCUCGAUCCUUCGCUUCCCCCCACUACUAUCCCGCACGGCCCGCCCGGGGUCUGGCCCCCGCCGCCGCGGCCGUGGCCCCUGAGGCCGGGGCGGAGGACCGGUUAGGGAAGCGGCAGCGGCUCGAAAAGGAGGCACGAAGACCAGCGCCAACGGUGCCUUUGGGGGAUCCUGCGGCAAAAAAUCACAACCCUCCCUCAAUCUCGGACUUGCUCGGUGACAUCCCCACAGGGCAAUUGCCGAAGCCCUCGGCCAUUUUUGGGGCGUUUAUGAGCGGCCUCCUUCCCCCGUCCUCCUCGUCCUUUCCUCCGCCUUCUUCCUUUCCCACCUUGGUCCUUCCUGAAAAUCCCGUCGAGCCCAUGCCAGCGACGGACGUCUCUCCCGAGUCAAGGGGGGACGAGCGCACCUGGGAGCCCCACCAGCAGCUGCAGCACAGACCACCGCAUGCCCCUCGAGUACCCGGGUUGGCUUUGCCCACGCCGGGGCUGAAGAAAGAUUUGAUCGCCUUGCUGCGACAGAGCUUUCGGUCGUAUCCUCUGGAAAGCAGCGGGAGGGAAAGGGUGCAAGUCGGCGAUGGCCGGACCCCCCCCUCGGAGGCUGCCAAGCUGACCUCCACCAUUCCCGAAGGUUCCGCCUUACAGGAGGGCCGGGAAGAAGGAGUGCCUCUGGCAGAAGCUCCUAGCCUGGAAAAGGUGGAGCCGGAGGAAAAGAAGCAGAGGGCAGGCGUAGGAGGGAGACUAGGCAGGGGCUCGGCGGUCGCCUCCCCGUCACCAGGAAGGCGAGGGGCAGGGAAGGCUUCGGCCGCACUCAAAGGGGGGGGUGACGGGGUAGGUGGAUCAGGGAACGAGGCAAUGAAUGGGCACGCCAAGCACACCAAUCCUGCGGGCAAAAGCAACGCUAGGAAGGCUCCCGAUAUCUCCGCGAAGCGAUCGAAGGAGAAGGCGAACAACAGCAUCGCAGCCAGCAGCCAGCGGCGGAAGAGCACCGGCAGCGUCAAGGGC